CAAAGUAGAAUCCAAUCAACAUGAGUCGACUCAAAGCAUGGAUAUGGUCGGUACAAAUCAUUACCAUCUCAUUGAUGCUUCAGGAAGCCGUUGGGCAAACGACUCCCGCACCGGUUAAGCGAGCACAUCGUCUAAUUAUUAUGGAUUACGAAAAAAUAGGAGCAACGGCGGCACCCCAACAGUCGGCUCCGUUGCGUGUGCAGGCUACUACGAGACGACCGGGCGCAACACAGGUCCAAAUUCCAGGAGUUCAAGCGAAAUCCGGUGGUACGGUCGCAUACAGUGCUGGAUUUGGGGCAGCAAGUGUGGUGCCUGAGUGUACGAACUGUACCUCUGUGGACGAUGCUUUCGCUCCACUCGACUAUGACUACGCCAAUCUGACUUGGCUGGCGAAUGUGAGCUAUCCCGAAUAUACGGCGCUGGAACUGGCUACAGGCAAGGAUAUUUACUGCUGA